AAUGGAUUAAGACUCAGAUAAUUCAGAAAUUUACAUAAUUGUGUUUGUUAUUAUAUUUCUAGUUUUCCUGGGUAUUGCUCUAUUCAUUUAUAUUCGUAAAAAAUAAUAAAAUAGAAACAAAAAACUUGAAGAGGAAAUUAAUAAAUUGCAAUAAUAUGUCAAUUCUUGUGAUCGCAAACAAGAAAGUCGAACAGAUAAUGUUAAUACUUAACCAUAAAUUUUAAGCUAAACCAAUUCUUUCACAAAAACUAAUCGCAUGUAUUAAUAAGAACAGGCAGAAUAAAACAAACAAACUGGUAAGAUGUUCCUUGAUUAUGAAAAAUCUGAAAGAGAGAUAAUUAACUAACAUUCUCCUCAUUCUCAAAAAUCCCCUCCAGAUGAAGAAGAAAAAAAACAAACCAUAGAUAGUGGAAGAAAAAAGGUGGUUGGAAUUAAAAAAAAAAACCUUUAAAUAGAAAUUCCUUAAGAUUGAA